AUGGAUGGAUGGAUGGAUGGAUGGAUCACGAUGGAUGGAUCAGGAUCGAUGGAUGGUUGGAUGGAUGGAUCAGAAUGGAUGGAUCAGGAUGGAUGGAUCAAGAUGGAUGGAUCAGGAUGGAUGGAUCAGGAUGGAUGGAUCAGGAUGGAUGGAUCAGGAUGGAUGGAUCAGGAUGGAUGGAUCAGGAUGGAUGGAUCAGGAUGGAUGGAUCAGGAUGGAUGGAUCGGGAUGGAUGGAUCAGGAUUGAUGGAUCAGGAUGGAUGGAUCAGGAUGGAUGGAUCAGGAUCGAUGGAUCAGGAUGGAUGGAUCAGGAUGGAUGGAUCAGGAUGGAUGGAUCAGGAUGGAUGGAUCAGGAUGGAUGGAUCGGGAUGA